UCUCGGGGACAGUAGCGGUCAGCUACAAAGCUCCUCUUCCUCCCCGGACCCCCACGAUAAGACUCUCUCUCCCUGCAGAAUGUCUCCUUUGCUCGGGCGCCCCGCCGGGCACGGCCAGCCUGUCUGCCCCGUGGCCCCCCGCCGCACCAAGAGCGGCUCCUCGGGGGCGCCGGCGUGCGGUGGCGAGUGUGCGUGGGGAAAGACAGAGCGAGCGCGUGCCAGAGGUCUGCAGAGACUGAGAUACCGGACAGCGGGCAGUGGGUUAGAGUAUGAUGGUGGGUGGGGGGGGGGGGCACCUGAGAGCCCCCCUGCCCUCAGCCGGUCGAGCAACAUGCCACCGCUGGACUUGGAGGCGAGGAGUUUCAGAAUGUGGACGGGGACGAGUACCACGCGGACAUGUCCAUCUUGGCGUCCCCAGCCUCCCAGAGUGGCCCGGAGGUCUACAUCCUGCCUCUCACUGAAGUCUCCCUGCCGGUGGCCAAACAGCCGGCUCGAUCAGUCCAAUUCCUGAAAUCUACAGACCUGGGCCGCCACAGUCUUCUGUACCUGAAAGAGAUCGGCAAUGGCUGGUUCGGGAAGGUUCUGCUGGGGGAGGUGAACGCGGGCCUCAGCGCCACACAAGUGGUGGUCAAGGAACUCAAAGCCAGCGCCAGCGUGCAAGACCAGAUGCACUUCCUGGAGGAAGCGCAGCCUUACCGGGCCCUGCAGCACCCCGCCCUCCUGCAGUGUUUGGCCCAGUGCACUGAAGUCACUCCCUACUUACUGGUGAUGGAGUUCUGCCCACUUGGGGAUGUGAAAGGCUACCUGCGAAGCUGUAGGGUUUCAGAUGCCAUCACACCAGAGCCCCUGAUUCUGCAAAGGAUGGCUUGUGACAUCGCAUCGGGACUGUUACAUCUGCACAAACACAACUUCACGCACAGUGACCUGGCUCUGAGGAACUGUCUGCUCACCACCGAUGUGUCAGUGAAGAUCGGAGACUACGGCCUCUCCCACGCCAAGUACAAGGAUGACUACUACGUGACAGCAGAUCAGCUGUACGUGCCUCUGCGCUGGAUCGCCCCGGAGCUGGUGGAUGAGGUACACGGCAAUCUGGUGGUGGCUGACCAAACCCAACAGAGCAACAUCUGGUCCCUGGGCGUGACGAUCUGGGAGCUGUUUGAGCUGGGGAACCAGCCCUACAGACACUACUCUGACAGACAGGUGCUGACCUACGCUGUGAGGGAGCAGCAACUCAGGCUGCCUAAGCCGCUGCUCAAAGUACCUCUGGCUGAGCGCUGGUAUGAGGUGAUGCAGUUCUGCUGGCUCCAGCCUGAUCAGAGGCCCAUCGCAGAGGAAGUCCACCUGCUGCUCAGCUAUCUCUGCGCUAAGGGGGCCAGCGAGGCCGAGGAGGACUUUGAGAGGCGCUGGAACUCCAUGCGGCCCAACAGCGGACACAGCUGCCAGCGCGGUGGCGCCUCCACCGUGCCGUUGGAUCACCCCUCCUCCACCUCCUCCUCCUUCCCCCUCCUCGAGCAGUUUUCAGCCAACGACGGCUAUCACUCAGAGUCCGGAGACGACAUACUGACAGUCACUGAGACGAGCCACGGUCUGAAUUUCGAGUACAAGUGGGAGCAGGCGAGGGCUGAGCAGCCUUACCACGCCUCAGCCUCCUCUGGCUCCCUGGGUCAGGUCAACCACCAUUGUCAUGACGCGUUUUACCCCCCGGGGGGCAUUGUUGGGGGCUGUCCCAUGGAAGGUCUGAGCCUGGGCAUCUCACCCUCCUACUACGAACCCAAACAGCUCAACACCCCUGGGGUGGUCCCUGUCCUCAGCGCCCACAGCCCCUCCCUGAGCAGCGAAUACUACAUCCGUAUUGAAGAGCCGGUAGACUGUAACAUUGACUUGGACUAUAACAUGUGCUCAUACAGCCCUGAAUACCAGGGCAGCAGUGGCAGCUUCCUCACUGGGAGUGCUGACUCGGGGGAAUGCAUGGUCUGCCCGGCACAGACCAAGAACAUGGGCUCCUAUUGGUCAGCGGACAUCCAUAAAACAGACAUGUAUGACUCCCACGACUCCAGCCCUGCCGUCUCCCUGACAAUGGAGCCUCUGCUGGGGCAAGUGUCGGACAGCAGCCCCUUGAGACCCUGGGAGUCUGGUCAUUAUGUAUCCUAUAAAGAUCGUGACGGAGGUUACUACUAUGAGCACUCGCCACCAAUUGGUGUGGAUCAUCGCUACUUGAUCAGAGGGGAGCGCCCUAUAGAUCCCCAUCAGGAAAGCUGGGGGUCGAGGAGUCUCCGCCAAGCCCUGGGGGAGUUGGAGAACCCGCUGGGGAUAACCCCGUCGGUUGGUAUACCACCUCAGCACGCCUACAGAGACCCGUAUCUGGACUCUAGCCAGAGCUCCAUCAUAGGAAAGAAUGUGACCGGAGGCUACUAUGACAUGAUGGGUUCCUUGAGGAAGACCAUGCCAGGCCAUACCAGUCAUGGCAGACACAGCAGCCAUUCAGUCAGCAUCAACAUGGAGACAGAAGGAGCACUCUUCAUUGGCCAUGGAGACAGUGAUUUGGAGGACGAAGAGGAGGACAUUUUUGUGGAGAGGCACACUUGCAACACAUGGCCCGCAAAGCACGGUCACAGUAGUCUGGGCCACCACAGACGAGCUAGCCAGGACAUGUAUGUGGACAUCCACUACACAAUGCCCAGUACAGACAUUGAAGACUCUUGGCCAGAGGACCACAGCCUGAACUUUCAUUCUCUCCCCAAACGCAUUGACUACCUUGACCACCAGGCCAAAGACACAAGCACUUGCCUUAGCUUGAGUAAACACCACCCAAUGAUGCCCUCAGACAUCUGUAAUGCAUAUGUCUACUUGUGCCACGAGGGGAAGAGUCAGAUGCCGGCACCUGGUGAAUGCUGCCACUCUCACUUUAUCGACCCCCUCACCGGCCUGAUGGUGAGAAACUACAGCCACAGUGACUAUGUCAGAGACAAGUUCAUAGAGACCCGGAGCAACGAAGAGCCAGUGAACCUUUCGCCUGCUCCUGGAGGUCCUAUUGUGGCCAAACCUGCCUUGAUAAAGACUGAUAGACCUGCUGUGGACAACUCAGAGCCUUAUGUUGAACUCUCUGUCAAUGGUAGUGUGGAAAAGGAGGAGGUAAUCAAAGAGCGUGUAAUGCAAAACCAUGUUGAGCCCAAACUAGAGGAGGUGACGCUGAUCAUGACUCAAACCACCCCACCCCCUCCAGACAAUACCAAUGCCAGGUUGGCCCUUAUAGAGCCAGAGUCAGAGACGAGUCAGACAGUGGACAGCGGGGUGGACCGAGGCUGUGCCAGCGUGCCCCUUGCUGACAUCCUUGACUGUAGUGAUGAUGAUGAUGAUGAAGACGACAUCACAGAUGACAUCACUGACAUCACCUCGGGCAUCUUUGCCGAUGAGUCUAGUGAGCCGAAUGCCUCCCCCGCCUUCAAGUCCCUUCAGAAACAGGUGGGAACUCCUGAUUCCAUGGACUCCAUGGAUCUCCCAUCUGCGGCAGGGUCUUGUGAGGGUUUCAGCCCUGCAUUGUCCCAUCCCUCCAGCUCACCCAAAGCCAUGGACAGCGGCUAUGACACAGAAAACAAUGAAAGCCCCGAGUUUGUCCCCAAGGAGCCUCAUGAGCCCCGUGACCAGCUCCUGGCCAAGCCCACCCUAGACACUAGCCUGGAGGAGGAAGAGGAGGUGGAGGCCAAGGUUCCCACAGAGGAAGAACCAUCGCUGUUUAAUGAUGUGACCUCAGUAUCCUCACAGACAGGUGAUCACAUUCUCACACCACUUAGCGAUAAGAAUCCAUACAGAGACUCUGCCUACUUUUCAGACUAUGAGAAUGAAAGGCUGUCCAGGGACGAGGGGGAAGAAGUGCCCAAAGAAUUGAGAGAUGAUGAAACAUGUGGUGAGGAAGAGGAUGGGAUGGAAAAGAAGGGCGAGAAAAGGGAGAAGGAAGAGAAUGGUGAGAGCGUAGCUCUUCCAAUGGAGAACGGAGACAUUGAGAUAGAAAUGAAAUCCAAGCUUGCAAGUUUAAAAGGGCCCUCAUCCCAUCCUGAGGAGGUAGAAGCAUACAUGACAAAGAAGAGUAGCCAGGAUGAGGGAGUCAGGUUAACUCUGGAAAUCUCUGACUCUGUCUCUACCGCUGAGGAGGGGCUGGAUGAAUGGCCAUCACAGGAGGAGGGUUCAUCCAUGGGCGACUGGGCAGCAGAGGUGGUGGGCGCCAUGGAGGAAGUUCUCGGUGCUCUGAAUGGAGAGUGUAUCUCUGCAAUCGACAUGGGUCGGGAGGACGUUUCUGCCGAGCGAACUGAAGAAGACGCCAUCCAAACUUCGGAGACGACAGAGGAGACCUCAAGGAAGAUGGUUCAAAGUAGGUCAUCGGUGAACUCCAGCGAAAUUCCUCCCGCCUUAUUACCAAAGGACGAGGUGGCCCUGCAACACACAGCCAACACCAGACGCUUUUCCUCCUCCUCCUCAUCUCCGCCUCCUUCAAUCCCACCCCCGCCCCUUCCCACAGCAGGGGGCCGGGUGUCCCCCACUGACGGGGAGGAGGCAGACGGGGAAGAUGCCGACUCGGACGACAGCGAGGAAUCGGACGAGGAGCUACGGACAUUCAGCGUGCAGGAGCAGAGUGCGGGGGAGGAGAGCGAGGAUGAGUGCCACCUGGUGCCCAUCGUGGUGAGUGAUGCCAGCGAUGCCCACAACCUCCGUAGCCUCCUGAAGAUGCCCACGCUGCUUACCUCAGAGUUGCUGGAUGACGAGCUGGAGCACAAGAAGAAGGUGGUGUCCUUCUUUGAUGACGUCACCGUCUACCUGUUCGAUCAGGAAAGCCCAACUAAAGAGUUGGCUGAGCGCGGCUUAUCUCCAGAGACAGAGGGCCAGAGUUUGCAGGGCAAACCCCAGGAAAGAGUCAAUGCCUCGGAUGACUCAUCAGAUGGGAACAUUUCAGAAGAAAGCGCAGGCUUCGAGUGGGAGGAUGACUUCUCCCUGCUCCCACUGGCCACAUCCAAGAUGGCGUCGGACUCUCCUCCUCCUCCUCCACCCCGCUCCACACCCAAGGCCCCAAAGACCAAGCCGGCGGUGCAGUUCUCCCGCUUCACCGUCUCGCCCUCCCCGGUGUCGCGGUUCUCCAUCACGCACGUGUCUGAUUCGGACGUGGACUCGGCAGGAGGGAGCAGUGAGGACGGGGACAAAGAGUAAUGAGCUACCACCACCGUGUGACACCUUGGUCUACUAGCAUGACUUCUGAUUUUGCGUUUGCUUUUUUUUCUUCUUUUUUUUAGCCAUCAGAUUUUAGACACACUCCAAGACAGUGCCUGUUAUCGUCCAAGGACACUUUUGAAAGGUCCUCCCUGCCACGACACAGGGGUGGCCGAACCCUUUUAGAAUAUUCUAAAGAGUAUGGUAAUAUAUACAAUGUACAAAAUCAUAAUAUAUGUGUAUGUUGUAAAGAAUUCAUGGAUCCUGGGGAAAGCAAUGCAUUGAAAUUCAUAUUUUUGGAACAAACAGACAUGACUCAAAGGAUGGAAAAGCUUUGGAAAGCAUCCCAAGCCGGCCACUUAAUUCACCUCUCAUUCAUGACAGAUAUUAUUUAAUGAGACUUUGGAGUCAGCACGGCUUGCAACGGGGCUGUUAAUACAUUGCAAACACGUGGCUGCAAUGUUGACCUUCGGUUUUUCAACAAAGGAUCAAUACUAUGAAAAAGACAGUAGUCAGUUCUGGGAACAUCACACUUUGGAGAAAUCGCUUUCCUUCUCAAAAUGAGCACCACGAGAAAUCCUUGUGGCGAUGAUAGCACUCGGGUCUAUUCAGGAAAAAAAAAACAAGACAUCUGGGACAGAAAGGAGCAAAGGGAGGUUAAUGGUUCCUGUCUGGUUCCAGAGAGGCUGUCUGCAGUUCAACAGCUAAUCCAGCCUGAACAAUGGGUUUUGUGAUUCUGUCAGUACUUUUUGUAUCGGGACCGCAACUGUAUUGUUUCACAUGAAUAUGUGGCUCAUGUGCUUUCUACCAAACUGAGUGCCAGCAUCACUAUCACUACCAAUCACUGUUUGUUGUACACUUUAGACAUCUAGCACAACAUUGUCCCCCGUAGGGGUUAAAGGUUCAACAGAUAUUUUCCCAAGUACAACAAUGCACGGUUUUAAGCAUCUCUAUAACAAGGCAUCUUUCUGAAGUUCUACCUGAGGGACAAAAGGUACACGGGUUCCGUUGACGGUGAAAAGCCCUUUUCAUACUAUUGAGCCAAACCAAGCUGUCCGAUGAGUAAGAUGUUUUCAGACUACUAACAAAUACCCAGUAGUGCUUUGGGAAUGGCCUGGAUUAGCACAGUAAUGUUCAUAACGACACAGUAGGAUGAAAGGCAUACAUGCGAUUAGUGAUUUUGACUGCAAAGAGAUUAGCCUGGGCCUCCGCGUGCUUCUGCAAGUGUAAAUCAGCAAACCAUAUAGCAUCUGUCCAUUUCUAUCAUGUUAUCCAUCUGUACUUGGGCUGAAUGCCUGAAUUUACUGUGUCACCGUGCUGUAUAUUGGCUACACCGAGUCUGUCCGGAGCUGUUUUGUAUCAUGGUUCGAGUGUCAGAAGUUGAACCGUUGUACCUCUUAGGGUACAGAGAUGCUUCUGAUUCAUUCAGGUUUGGUUCAUUAACCAAAAACCAGGUUUGAACAACACAUCAAAACAGUAGCAGAAUGUCACUUUGUAGCGUUUCAAAGUCUUGGGUGAAAUCGGUUUCAGCGAAUAUUUAAAAAAAAGAAAAGAAGAAGCUGGCGAGCCAUAUCCGUUGGAUAAUAAGUGGCUCAGUUUAGGGGCGAUCUUGGAUAUUUGAAGGGUAAACAGACGAAUUCAGCUAAACUAGGUGGCGGCUGAACUGCCCAGCUGUGCAGGACCGGAUGAGAGGCAGCAACAGGUCGUCUUCGUGAGCUGGUUAUUAUUGUGAAGGCCAGGUGGUUGGUUACCCUAGAGUUGCGAAACUCUCGCACAUGCGCACUGGAUUCAUCAAAGUAGCGCUUCACAAGCGUUCGCUAAGGCCGAUCGAAGGUUAAAAACCUCGCGAGAGUUUCGAAAAUCUCGGGUUACCGUCCAGACGCGACCCCGUAAAAAUGUGAAACAGGAAAGGGGCGACGUGAUUGGUGGGUGAGAAUUGGUCGGCUGCCGUUUCCAUAGCGCUCACCGUACAGCGGGCCCUGUCGCAAAGCUCCCUUGGUCGCCAUUUUCAGUGUGUUCCCAGUGUUCGUUUGCUUUCAGAGGCUUAAAUAUUCUGUACUAGUUUAGCAUAGAACCACCUAUACAGCCAUCUGUAAUAUUUUUGUAUCUCAACGAAAAGACCUAAGAAUACUGAUGUACUGUACCCGGCGAGGAGGGAGAAGGUAAAUAGAAGAUAUCUCUGUGUUUAAUGUUGCCAAAGAGAUGUUUUGUGGUCCCGGGUUAAGCAGGAACACGACGGACAGGUGAGGUCUUCACCCUUUCCCAUCUUGGGGGUAAAGAGAGACGAAGGAGCAGCUUUGGCCUUGUACUGGUCGUGAACACUGUUAGUACCACGUGUCCCCGCACCAACUCGGUCACAUCACUACUUUCUGUACCUUCUAUCCGAGCUAAAUAAAGUCCGUUUUACAC